AUGAGUAAAGGUUCUACGAGUAUCCCGAUUUUUUUGUUGUGUAAUUAUAAUGAUUGCACAUUUGCAAUUAAGAUUGAUCGGAAUGUUACAUAUGAUCAGUUGCUUGAUAAGCUAUGUUUGAAAUGGGAUAGUUUGCAAUUUGAUAACAUUUGCCUAUCUUACUCAUUGCUUGGACAUCCUAGUUGUACGUUGGACAACAAUGAGGAGUUAGAAUUGUUGUUGGCAUUAGUAGUGCAUUUUGAUUCAAAGUGUACUGAUGUUGUUGUGAGAGGAAAAAACUCAACCAUUGAUUAUGGUAAUCUCAACAAAAGAUUGGAUUAUGGAGAAAAAGAGUCAAUGUUGGAGCUUGAAGUUUGUGAUAUUGCAUUGUCUCAUGACAACAAUAAAUCUGUGAACUUGUCAAACAGAGCAUCUACAUCAUCCAAUAAGAAUUCAAGGUUGGAGGUUGAAGAAAAGAAAUUUGAAGGUGUAAUUGUUGAAUUUCGUAAUGCAUUGUCGAAGUUUUCUAUUGAGUGUGGAUUUGAGUUCAUAUUUGUUAAGAAUGACACAGUUCGUGUUACCGCACAAUGUUUGUUUAGAGAGACAAAAUGUUGUAUGUGGAAUAUUCAUGGUAGAGUGAAGAAUGCUAAUGGGUUCUUUUAUAUAAGGAAGCUCAACAAUGUCCACACAAGUGGUGCUGAAGUAUGUACAAUGAAUCAUUCUCGUAUGAGUUCUGAUUUAGUUGCUGAUUUGAUUGUUAAAGGUGUUCGUGAUAAUGCAUUGACACGUCCAGUUCAUGUUGUUCAGGAUUUUAAGUGGGGGUAUGGGUUGAGAGUUAGUUAUCAUCAAGCUUGGUUGGGGGUAGAGAAAACAAAGGGUGAUAUUUUUGGAGACUACUUAAUGUCAUUUAACCAGUUAAGAUGGUAUGUUGAUGUUGCAAAGAGUUGCAAUCCAAGGGGUUACAUUGAGUUUGAGUGUGAUGAUACUAAACGGUUUAAGAUAUUAUUUGUUAUUUUUCAUGAUUCCAUUAGUGGAUUUAAUUAUUGUCGACAUCUCUUGUUCCUUGAUGGCACAUUUUUUAAGGGAAGACUUAGAGGAAAUUUACUUGCCGCUACAAGAAAAGAUGGAAAUCAAGGUUUCUUUCUUGUUUGUUUUGGAAUUGUUGGCUCAGAGAAUCAAGACAACUGGCAUUGGUUUUUGGAGCAUUUGAGUACAAUUGUUUUAGCAGAACGAAAUAUUACAUUCGUGUUAGACUGUAACCUUGGAUUAGUUGAAGUUUUGCCAAAGGUUUUCCCAACAGCUUUCCGUGCUUAUUGUUUAUAUCAUUUAAAGAUGAACUUGAGGCAUCAUUUGUGUGGUAUAUUUCAUGGAUUAAAAGAAAAGAUGAUCACUUUGUUUGGGAAAUGUGCAUAUGCUCCAACUGAAGAAACAUUUCAUCAAUGUUUGGUUGAGUUAAAGAUUGAAUGUGGGUUAAGAGUUGAAAAGUUUUUAGAUGACAUACCAUAUGAUCAUUGGAGUAAUGCAUAUUUUCAAGGGCAACGCUUUGGAGAGAUACGGUCGAAUGUAGCUGAAUCUUUCAAUUCAUGGGUACGAAAGGAAUGCCAUUUGCCUAUUACAAAGUUGAUUGAUAGUGUAAGAAUUAAGUUGAUGAGGAAAAUUGCUAAAAAAAGGGAGCUUGUUAAUAAAUAG